AUGUCCCGCAGUAUUCGUGAUCUUCGUGAAUUAAUUUGUUUAUCUCGUUUUGGUUUUCGUUCUGAUGAAAAUGAUUUAGUUAAUGAUAAUAAUGAUAAUAAUAAUAAAAAUAAUAAUGAAAAUAACCAAUCAAAUGAUACCAUACUCUUUUAUUUUGAUCCUUCAAUACUUAAUAAUUGGCUUGAAAUAACAUCAUCUCGUCUAGAAAAAUUACGUUCAUUAACAACAAAUAAAUUUAUUAAUUUCAUUUAUUUUUGGUUAAAACAUUUUGAUUAUGAACAUAAACAAUCCCUAUUUCAAAUGGAAUUUGAAUUAUUUAUUGAACAUUUACUUCUUGCGUUUACACCAAAUGAUAUUGAUUCCCUACAAAUAAAUCAAUUUGCUCGACAAAUUCUUCAUGAUAUUGAUCAACAAAUAGGAAUAUAUUCAAUUGAAAAUGAUUAUAAAUUUAUCUAUCAUAUUGACGUAUUCAAUCGUUAUAAACGUGAUGAUCAAUAUCGAACAAUAUUAGCUGAUUUACCAAAUCAAUUAACAAUAAAUAUAAAUAAUCGUUUACAUUUACAAUGGAUGUUAGCUAUUCGUGCAUUUGGACUUCUAGCUGUAUGUACAGCAGCUGUUGAGUUUUUUGAAAAAAUUCAAAAGACACUUGAACAGAAUAGAACAACAGGUAUAAAUAUGAGAUAA